AUGGCGAGGAUGCGUGGGGUUGGGCCGGGGGAAGAUGUCGUGGCCUCCACGGCCUUGGUUGAGGGCUUUCAGCAUCUAUCUGCGCUCGAGUCGGGCGUCGCAGGACCAUUGUCGACUGGGACGGAACCGGAUCUUCUCGAGCCUUUCAUGGGAACUCAGCAAGACGGUUCAGCAAAAUAUGGGCCAACGAGCAUCUUUACCCAUGUCAUGCGUCCAGACGAUUCGAGGGGCGUCGUCGCGACAUCUACGAGCAGCGCGUGCGCGACGACCAUGAAUUCGUUCUCCAUCAUUCCCAGCUGCAUAGCCCUGUUCUUUCGUUACCAAUAUUCGACACAUAUGUUCAUCCAGCGAGAAACCUUUAUCACCGACUUCAACCAUUGGUGGGCCCAAGGGAACACCGACCUUGUAUGGGGAUCUUGUACUCCGUCCCUUGUGAACGCAAUCUCCGCCAUUGGGGCUUCUAGCUCGGAAGACGAGCAUGUUCGUGCCAAAGCCAAACAUUUCUAUACCAGAUCUCUUGAUCGCGUGAUGGCCGAGGUAUUAUCCUCGCCCACCAGAUGCGGCGUACAGACUCUGCUGUGUCUCGGGACAUAUGCAAUGGGACAUAAUGAUAUAUCGCAAGCCUGGCUCUUGUCGGGCAUGGCGCUCAGAAUCUUGCAAGAUCUUGGCUUACAGCACGAUCCAGACAGAUAUGCCGUCGACCUCUCAUCUGACAGACUCGCCAAACGAGAAUCACAUCGCCGCUUGUACUGGGGCUGCUACGCCAACGACAAGCUGUUUUCUCUCUUCCUAGGCAGACCUUUGAGCAUGUACGACGAGGAUGCCAACGUCCAGAUAUCUGCUUCCGCACCACAGAUUCCGAUAUUCAACAAUUUCCUCAAAGCACACAACCUGGAAGCCCUUCUAGAGCCACUCCCAGCAGUUCCGCGUUUCAGCCUGGUCUUCAACGAAUUGAUUCGCCUUUCGUCGAUCCUGCACACCAUCAUGAAGCGCUUCUUCGCGCCUAGCCGCCCCGACUUUCGCGCCAUCGAGGGUGGUCUGGCAAAGGCCGUCAGCGAAUUCAACACCCUCCUCCUAGCAUUCCACAACAAUCUCCCAUCUGAGGUUCGUUUCCGGCCGUUAGUUCCAGUCAGUCUGGUGCACGACGAGCUGAGUCCUCGAGUGGCGUCCCUGCACGCCAUCUAUCAUGCCUCCCGCCUGUCGCUAAACAAACCGUUCCUCUUCCUGGCAGCCCGCAAUAAACAGCGCCUGGCAAACCUCGACUGGGCGGAACAGGUCCUCGAAAUCUGCGUCGACUCGACGCAGACUCUGGUGUCCUUGAUAUCACGCUUCAAGACGCAACAUCGAGGGCUGCGGAUGGCGCCCAUGAUUUUUGUGCAUGCGGUCCUCAUCGCAAUCGCCAUCGCGGUGGAAAGCGGAGGGCAGAUGACAGCCGCCGCCGCACACGCGUCGCAAAAUUCAAUAGAUGGACACAACGGCCAGUGGGCGGAGUUGGACAGCUACAAACUGCCCCUGUACGGGUUUCUUGGAGACAUGGCACCGAGCUGGGGUUUGGCGGCGGAAGCCAGAAGAAAGCUGGAAGAAUUCAUUUGGGGCGACAGGGGAGAGAGAUGCACAGAGGAGGCACGUGCGCAGCAGAACGUCGAGCUGCGAGAGGGUGACGGCGAGGUCGAUGCGGAUCUGCCACGGCAGAGCCUGCGCAUCCCCGAAACAUCACAAAAGCAAGACGCCGGUCAACACGACAGCAACAACGGCAACGGCAACAGUGGCAAUCACUUGGAUGAUUGGGCUAACCUGAUUCGCCAGUUCGAGCUCGACCACGACCUGGACGCGUUCGAAGACGUGUUUAGAUUCAGCGAGUCGUUUCAAGACUAG